AACAAAAACAUGUCAACGUGUUACAACACAGAACCACACACACACACAGAUACUUCAUACUUCCCAAAGCCCGCGGCUGCUCCCCCACGCGCCUAUAGAUACGUAUUUUUUUCGUUUUUGGAAACCAAAACUUCUCUUCAUUCUCUCCACAUUCCAUUCGUUGAACCUUCUUCGUCUUCCUCUUUCCUUUUUUCGAUAUGAUCUGACUCCAAAGCACGAAUCAAACCCUACACAAGCCACUAUAUAUACACACACCAAGACAAGAUAGAUAGAGACACAACAAUGAAACCGAUUCAUCAAUCCCCUCCUUCCCCGAUGAAGAACCGCUUCCGUAACAAACGUCCCGACCUCUGCAUCCCUCUCCCGAACCGCGACGUAGCCCUCGCUGUUCCUCUCCCCCUCCCUCCUCCUCCCUCCACAACCUCCUCCUUGCCCACGUCAGCCGUCUCCACCAACGUCUCCGCGGCGAAAUGCCUGUCAGAGCUAGAACGCGUGAACCGCAUCGGGAGCGGCGCGGGAGGGACGGUGUACAAAGUGAUACACCGUCCCACCUCCAAGCCCUUCGCCCUCAAGGUCAUCUACGGCAACCACGAGGAGAACGUGAGGCGGCAGAUCUGCCGCGAGAUCGAGAUCCUCCGCAGCGUCGACCACGCCAACGUGGUGAAAUGCCACGAUAUGUUCGAUCACAACGGGGAGAUCCAGGUCUUGCUCGAGUUCAUGGACGGAGGGUGUCUCGAGGGAAGGCACGUGUCGCGUGAAGAGGAGCUCUCCGAUAUGUCUCGGCAGAUUCUCGACGGGUUGGCUUAUCUCCACCGCCACCACAUCGUCCACCGCGACAUCAAGCCGUCGAACCUUUUGAUCGACUCGGGGAAGAGAGUUAAGAUCGCUGAUUUUGGUGUGAGUAGGAUCUUGGCGCAGACCAUGGAUCCUUGUAACUCCUCGGUUGGUACCAUUGCGUACAUGAGCCCCGAGAGGAUUAAUACUGAUUUAAAUCAUGGGCGUUACAACGGUUACGCUGGAGAUGUGUGGAGUCUUGGUGUUAGCAUUUUGGAGUUUUACUUGGGGAGGUUUCCUUUCGCUGUGAGUAGACAAGGUGACUGGGCGAGUCUGAUGUGCGCCAUUUGUAUGUCUCAGCCUCCGGAGGCUCCGGCCACUGCGUCUGAGGAGUUUCGUCACUUUGUGUCGUGUUGUUUGCAGAGUGAUCCUCCGAAGAGGUGGUCUGCGCAACAGCUUUUGCAGCAUCCUUUCAUUCUCAAAUCAUCCAGAGCUCCGAAUAUCUGACAAAUAUUGUCGCUGCGCCGCCGGCUUCUUCUCCUGCGUCUUAGUUUUUGCUUUCCCGUUUGUUACGUGAGUUUUGCGGUGAUUGUGAUUAGGGUUAAGAUUUGUCAGGGAAGAGGCACAGUUUUGAAUCUUGUCAUGAAUGAAGAUUGAGUUUUUGGCUUGUAGCAGCCUUUUUGUUAUUAUCAUUGUUUCACAUCUUUUCAUUUGUUUUAAAUUAUCAUUAAUAAAGCUUCUUAUAUCAA